AUGGCGGAUUUCAAAAGUUAUCUUGCAGCGAGUAUUUUGACAGAAGACAAAGUGGUCACUUAUAGACUGCUUAGUCGGGUGCUCAAAGUCCAUGUAAACACAGCAAAGGAAAUGCUGUUUGAGUUUCAUAGAGUACAGAAUGCUAAGAAACCAGGAACAAUCCAUGCAACUUAUCUCAUUGGCGGAACAAAGAGAAAAGAAGCACAUACAGAGAUUGAAGCGCAAAAAGAUGGCGAAGAUGAUUAUAUGCAGAGCAGUCCAUUUGUCGGAAGCUCAAUGCCACAGGCCGAAGGAAGUACCGGCGAAGGCUCUACAUUGAGUAUAACAUUGACUCGAGAGGAGGAUUUGGAAACAAUACGGUCUCAGUUUGAGCAUAUUUCCUCAAUACAUAUCUAUAGUUUAGGGCCUCAUCCGUUGAAGGAGCUCCAAUUGCUCUCAGAUUCAACCCGAGAAAUCCAAACACUCGCCAAAUCCGAAGACCCCCUCGAAUCCUACCAUAGAUAUGGGAUAAUAACCAAUCCAAAUGCCAAACGCCGCACCCGUAAAGCAACACCUAUUGCAACUGCCACACAAGCGUCUGUUCCAACCAGACCUGCGAUUGCGAAAUCCAAAUUCAAUGAAGUCCAACAGGCUCCUAAAUCAUCCUCGUCCUCCAAAAAGCCCGAACCCAAAUCACAGCCAUCGAACGCCAAAGAUUUCUUCGGCAGCAAUGGAAAAGAAAAGGCUAAGCCAAAGCCACAAGCGGAGUCUACAGAAGCCGAAUCUACGACUGCGCCUUCGAGUAAAGAAUCAACACCAGCUCCUCCUGCAAAUCUGAAGCGCGAAUCCAGUAGCAUUUUCAAGGCAUUCGCAAAGACCCACUCUAAGAAAGCAAAAAUUGAGGAAACAGAAUCGAGCACAAAAGACGAUACAGCGAUGAAAGAUGUCUCUGACGACGACGAGGAAGAUACAUGGAUGCCAGCGCCUGUCAGUAAAGAAACCAAGUCUCAAGAUCGAAGUUCCAGAAAAGCAACACAGGAGAGAUUAAAGAAAAUGAUGGAAGAUGACGACGACGAAGAAGAAGAAAAAGCAGCACCCUCUCCAGCUCCAGAAACACCCGCUGAGGAAUCAGAAGAGGAAAAACCACCCGAGGAGACUAAGGAAGAAGAACCUGUAACAACUACAAGUAGUGGACGAAGAAGAGGUAGAAGAAGAGUUAUGAAGAAGAGAACUGUGAAGGAUGAAGAUGGCUAUUUAGUAACGAAACAAGAAGCAGCCUGGGAAUCAUUCUCGGAAGACGAGCCUGCUCCAGCACCUAAAGCUAAAGCAGCGCAUGUUUCCACUAAACCCAAGAAAGAUGCACCCAAGAAGGGACAGGGUAAUAUCAUGGCGUUUUUUGGGAAGAAAUAG